ACAUAAAGAUAGUUAAAGAUUAUUGAAUGUAUGUACAAUCAAAAGGAUUAAAUAGAAGAGAUCAAAAGAGACGCAAAAUGAACGAGCUAUUAAGCUGUCGUUUCAAGAGAAGGGGAAACUGUAAAUAAAGUUGCAAAUCUAACCAAGAGACACACAUAAGAAACGUUUGGUGUGUUUAAUGUUGUGUAUGGUUUCUUUUCUUUGUUGGUCAAACGACACUAUUUUUCUAUACCAGGGAUAGCUGUAUCCUUCCCGCACAAGUCGUCCUGUGCUUGCUUAAUAGUGAAAUGAAUUGUUCAUUGUGAGAAACUUCAUAGCUACAUUGCGUCCGAAACAAAGUCUUUUUUUUUUUGUAAACAAUGUUAAACGUUAAAGGAAAGCUAUGGUAUUAUCUUCUUCACGUACCAUUUAUCUUAUCUUUUAACGAAGACGAUUAUAAACACUUUCCAUAGAAAACUUUUACAAUCACUCUUAAUUAGCAAUUAUAACAUCAAAUAAGAAGCUUAGCUACAAUUUCACUGGAAAGGUUUUAUUCAUGACUGUUUUUAAAGACAAACACCACAGAUAUCAAUCUGAGUACGUAGAUACAAUCUUAAAAACAGUGGGAGGCUAGUAGUUCGUUUGAAUAUGACGCCAUUUAACCGCCAAUAAAAAAGUAAUUGUUACUAUGACAACAGUUAACAAGAAUUUUGUUAUCUAAAACACGUUAUUUUAACAGAUUUGUUGUCUUUCGUGAUAAUGUGUCUAAUCUUGUCUGACAAGUUCAUUUAUUUUAUUUUAUUGCAUGUCAUACUUUGACAAUAAAGUUAAGUUUUAUGACUAAGUACGUGUUUGUAGUGAUGACCUGAUUUCUCUUUUAUGAUCUAUUAAAAAACUGUAAAGAAUUUUUACGAAUUUAGUUCAAUGUGGACAGCAAUGUUAUCGUUAAAUCCAAAUGUCUAUUUAUAAAAUUCGUCGUCGUCGAUAAUAUAGCCCUUUCCUUUGGAAUUAAAAUAUUUAGAUGUGGUUUUUUGACUAUAUAGACAUGUUCACGGAAGAGAAAGCAGAAAUGUAGGAAGGAGAACUGUUUUACAGGGCAACGGUACAAUAUAUCCAAAGGGUAAAAAAUCGACUGUUUAGAUCAUGAAAAGAAGAUCCAAUUUAUUUAUUAUAAUACCUGCCCUCCCUCCGUUUGAAAAUAAAAGCAUCUCUUGCCAAGAAUGUAUGGUAAAUAUACACACGAGUCAAGAGGGUCAUAGGUCCUCAUUUUAAAUCCACAUUUUCAUAACUUUUUUAAAAAGGACCAUAUUUUUUGAAUAAUGCUGACUUUUCUAUUUUCUGUACCACUUUUGUGGCAAGUUUCUACAAAAAAUACAAAUUUGAUGGUAAUUUAUAUUAUAUCAUAACUAACGGACUUUAAAACAAAUCAACACAGAUGAACAUUUUUAACAUUUAAGAUGUCGUAUAUGACGUGUGCUCCAGAGUACGAAAUACUCGCCACAAUUCCUUUGUUAAUAUUUAAAUUUUCCUUGCCCGUCCCCAAUUCUCCUCCACCAAUCAAUAAUAAUAAGUACUCAAGCCCAAUGUUAGGUAUUUAUGUUGUGUGUAGUGUGUUCUAAGAAUUAUAUUGUAUUGUAUUGUAUUCCUGAAACAAACUGUAGGUCGUGUAAUUGUUAUCAUACAUGUGAUAUGUUAAAAUAUAUCUUUCUAUUAUUCUUUCGGACAGUAUUUAAAACAGGAUAACAACAACAAUCAUGACUUGUACCCAUUUGGCAAAACUAUGGACAUUUGUUAUCAUUUUGGUUGCAGUCAAAUAUUCGGAUGCACAGUUGAGGGUAUUAACGACCAACAUAGACUCAACAACAAAAACAUUUCCCUUUCCACCAAUCAAUUUAAACACUAAAGCUGAUGUUGUCAUUGGACGAGUUAGAGCAGAAGACAGCUUUGACAAAAGCGCGAUUAUAGAACAUUAUUUAGUUAAUGUUUCUUACUUAUUGCAAGAUAGCUACCAGCCGUCUGUAUCUGAUAGACCCACACCAAAAUGGCAAUCAAUUGCUGAAACAAAAACAAUUAAUGAUUGUUCCCUCUCGACGUUAUUAAACUAUCCUGAACUUCGUCGCAAAUUUUGCAUCGACCAUGUAACAGGAGACAUAAAAGUGACUAAAUACUUUAAUGAAGCUCCUCCUAGAAGUGGUACCACAAUAUUGCUGAAAAUUCUUUAUAAAUCUGGUGCCAGGACGUAUUCACGCGACGUCAGUCCGCACUCUGUAAGGAUAUUCUCAAGUUGUGAUCGUAUGAAACAGAUUUAUAUAAACAUGACAAAAAUAUGCUGGCUUAAUGACGUUAUUACUCAAAAUAUACAUACCAAUAAAGAAAGUGUGUAUACAAACGACAUUAGCAUACCGACAUCCGCUGGAAUUACUUAUAUUAGUGCCAUUUCUGUAGAUUUAACUUCCGAUUCCUUUGUAACGACCGAGGGAAAUGAAAAUCCAGUUGCACUUGCAGAUAUUGCAAAAGGAAGAAAAUUCAUUGUGAGGGUCCUGGCAGGUGUUCACAACAGAAAGGGAAACUUUACCUUUUUAGGAAUUGGAACCUAUUACGUGCAACUUGAUCCACCAAUCAAAUCUUCAAGUAAACUACCCGUUCUUCUAACUUUUUCUGAUCUGGAACUUGGAAAAGUUAAUUUUAAACAAACCAAGAUAUCGUUAUUAAGCCUACCGGUGAAAGAUUUUUGUGAAAAUGGAGCGCAAUGUACAAUUUCUGCAAACAAAUAUUAUAUGGAGUAUCAAAAGUAUUAUAAGGAGUGCCGUUUUGAAGAUAAUUAUUUGCUAUACAGCAAGUAUGGAUAUUGUAGUGAUAACAUGGCACCAGCGGUUUCCAGAACGACAGCACAGAUUGAUUGGGAUAAAUUAAACUUACUGCGACACCCUCAACUGGUGAUAAAAGAUUAUACCACUGGUCCAAAUGUUUUUUCCUACAGUAUUAAACAAGUUGUGGUGAAAUAUAUAAAUAAUAAUUUACAGCGAAUCAAUAUUACUGCUCAUGCUAACUGUACAUCAAAAACUUAUAAUGUCACUCUACCUUUAGCUUAUUUCUGCAUAAAUGAGCAAACAGGUGCCUUAUACACAACAAUUGAAGCCGCUCUUGUGUCACCAGAUGACGUGUUUAAUGUCACGAUCCAAGUUAGAGAUACUGAGAACUACCCACCAAGAAUUAUACAACCAGUAUUUUCCAUAUCUUUUAAAUCUGUUUGUAAAAGUACUGUUGCUUUAUAUAGACCUGUUUAUAAACAGUGCGAUAAAAAUGCUUCGCUUGCAACAUUUAGCACAGUAACUCCGGGCACGAUAGAUAUUAUCACGCCCUCGCCUUCAAGUACAUAUUAUAUUACCGGGCUGUACAAGGGAAGUGGCUUGAGUAGACAGUCUCUUAGUCAUGUCGGGAACUUUAUUCGGGUUAGAUUAGAAUCAGAUGGAAAAGCAAUUGAGACAAAACACUAUAACCUUGGCCAGUACACAGCUUUUAACCGUCCACUUUUACACGAAGACAACAAGAAAUUGUACGGCAUAACAUUCACGUAUUAUAACGCUACAGGUAAAGUUGAAAGCACAUAUGAAUACGAUACAAAAGAGUGGCGAUUAGUUAUUAUAAAAAAGGCUGACUAUUGCACUACUGGAACAAACUGCGUAAAUUUAUAUCGCAAGUUUCAAAAAGAAUACGAGAAAAGCUUUCCCAUCAUUGAGAGUAUGUGCCCGGACCCGGACAACAGCGCAUUCCGUACGAAGUAUGGCUAUUGCAACGAAACAUCAGCACCAAAUGUUACCAAGACAGAAUAUGAUUUAUUCAUUAACAUACCUUACAGUGAAACAGAAGUUAUACCACGUGAUCAGCCAUUCUAUACUUCAGGAAAUGUGUUCACCUACGAUAUCGUUAAGAUAAUAUCACACGGAAAGUUUCUGGGUGGCAGUUCAAGGGCGCCAAUCACACUUCCGACUAACUGUACAAAGGGCUAUGAAGACUCUCCAAGAAGAUAUUUUUGCAUCAAUGAAAAGACGGGCAGAGUAUAUACAACUAGUGCAAUCCAAGGGCUGGUUGAUUUAACUACAUCUUUUGAAAUUCAUGUUCAAAUUACAGAUGAUACAUCAUUUCCCAUUCGACAGAUUGUCGCACGUCUUAACCUUAAAACAACCGACAAAUGUGCUCCAGCAAGUUUUCUUUAUCAGAAUUUGUCGUCAUGCGUCAAGUAUUCAACUUUUUCACCGACAUUUGUCAAUACAACAGCUAUAUUUUUUCGGAUGAGAGGAAAGUUUCAAAGUAUCAUUAGUCUCAUGUUCAGUAAGAAAGAUCUGCAAGUUGAAAAUAAAACCACAAUAUUUGUGAUUUCAGCAAAAGUUUACAUUGCUGAUGGAUCUAUCCAGCAAACCGCAACGUCGUCAAGUAUCUUACUCUCUAAUUUGUCGCUGAGAGCAGAAGUUGGUUUAAAUUUACCGUCAGUUUUAGCAGGUUCAUCCAUGGAAAUAUUUUUUAUUGAUCAUGACACGGGUAAAAAAAUCAAUAUAAACACUGACGCCAGCUAUUCGUUAAAGUUUGUGAAAGAAUAUUCCUGCACCUCUUGUGUUGAAACAUACAAGAAUUGGAGAUUACAAUCCGUUGUUGCAGAAAAGAAGUCUGGUGCACAGUGUACAAGUGACCCCAAAUUCUAUGCUCGAAAUUUUGAUGUGUGUAUAGAUCCACAACCUUCAUUUGCCUCCCCACUCUCAAUUACAUCGAACAUUGUUACUGGCAUGGAAGUUAGAAUUACGAAUUGUAACUAUAAAUCACCAUAUCAAUUUACGAAUUCGUACUGGUUAAAAGAUGGUACGGAAAAGAGAAAUGCUAGUACCGGUGAUGAUGGUGUCAUAAUAACAAAAUUUUCUGCAUUUGGAGAUGAAGUUGUAGAUCAUAGUACUAACUUCCCAUCAUAUAAAGUGAACGACCUUGUUAUAAACAGAGCAAGUAUAACUGACCAAGGCAGUUACCAAUGCGCAAUUGAGAGUGGAUCGAUAAAAGUGAUGUCGAAAACAAUCUACUUAAAGCUAACAGAUAUUUCAGAAACAAAGUUUACGAUGAACAUAAUAAAUAGAAAAUGGAAUGAAAAAUUAAAGACGAAGAAAUCUACUGAGUUUCAGCAACUUGAAACAAGAUUGAGAAGAAUGAUUGAGGACAAAUUAGACGCCAAAGAAUGUUGUGGUCCAAAAUCAAAUCGUUUCAUUGAGAUUGACAACUUUUCAAACUCGUCGUCUGUGAUCGCACAUGGCAAAGUAUUGUUUAGCAGCGUCACGUCGCCAACGAGGUUAUCAUAUUGUCACCGUCUACCUAAAAUCAUCACAGAUGGAAACUUUGGUGACUUGAAGGUCCAAGAUGUUAAUUUACUCAAUUUCGAUUGUUGCUUGGCUACAACAGAAGGUGAUGAGAAUUUCAAAGGAAGGUACACAUUUCCACCUACAUUAGCUGGUACUCACACGAGUCUCAACUGCACGUAUGGUUCAUAUGUUAAAGGACAACAAAUUAAUCGUAAAUGCGUAUUUCAAGCAGAAACAGGGUCGAAAUGGAGUUCUUUAUCAUUGGAUGUAUGUCAACCAAAAACAGAAACAACAAAAAGGCUGAUUGCGCUUUCAAAUGAUACAAUAACAGCGGACAACGUAGAAGAGACAUCCAGCAAUCUCAGUAAUACAGUAAGAAAUGGAGAAUUAACAAAUCAAUUUGACAUCAAUUUCAUAUCUGACAUCAUCACCACCAUCAUUGCAGUAAACAGGUCUAAUGAUCAGGUCACUGGUAAUAUCUUAGACACGGUUGAUUCUGUAAUGGAAGCGGAUGAAAAUUUAAUAGUAGCUGCAAAUCAACAAGAUCAAACAUCUGCCAACAUUUUAAACCAGUUGGAAAAAUUAGCUCAAACCCAAGACUUCUCUAAUACAGGAAAUCUUAAAAUCAUAAAUAAAAAACAUUUAGCAAUGGGAGUUAUUAAACCACGUCAAAACUCCUCUCUCGUGUUUUUCUCUGGAAAUACUGGCACAGCGGAAAUUAACAUCACACAAAAUGCUGAUUCCAGUUUUUCUGAGUUGUCUAAAGCGGUGUGUAUUUUGCCGAAAGAAGUUGUAGCCGAAUCGAACGAUGAAGCCGUGUAUUCGUUUGUUUUUGAAACAGACAUUUUCUUUUUAACAGCGAAUAGAAAUUUAAGUGCGAAUACUUCUAAAGUGCACAGUCUCAUAUUGUCUGCUUCUGUUGGACGGAGACAUUUAGAAAAUCUUUCUGUUCCCAUAGAGCUGAUAUUCACUAAGAAAGUGGAUAUAAGUGGCAAAGAAAAAAGUGUUUGUAAAUACUGGGAUGCAAGUCUAAACGACUCUACCACAGGAUAUCGUAGUGGUGGGUGGUCGACAAGAGGGUGCACGACAUCCACUGGUGAGCAUCCCAAUCAGAUAAAAUGUAGCUGUAAUCACUUGACAAAUUUUGCUCUACUACUUGACGUUGAUCAGUCUGGCUCAAAUCCAUUGGCUCUUCAGAUUGUUACUUGGAUUGGAUGUGGAAUUUCAUUGGCUGGCCUUUUUCUUACAAUAUUGACAUUCACACUGUUUAAGAACCUAAGACGAAAACUCCCACCAAAGAUCUUGAUAAGUUUGUGUAUAUCAUUGAUGGCAGUUCUGGUAAUUUUUUUGGCCGGUGCUGAAAAAACUGAACCACGAAUCGGAUGUCAAGUCAUUGCUGCUUUGCUUCAUUAUUUCAUCCUCAGUACGUUCUUUUGGAUGGCUGUAGAAGGCUUGAAUCUGUACAGAAACUUUGUGAAAGUGUUUAGUGGAGGAGCCAGCAACUCACGAUUUCUGCUAAAAGCUUCAUUGUUUGCUUGGGGUACGCCCCUUGUUAUAACUGGGGCAACUGCUGGUGCAGUUUCUGAUUUUCUGGGACCAGCAUCAAGUGAGGAUCCACAAUUUUGCGUAUUGAGAGGGACGCCAUUUUACUUCGCGCUCAUUAUACCUAUUUGCAUCGUAAUGGCGGGAAACUUUAUUGUUCUCAUUCUCGUGAUUCGUGGAAUUAAAGAUGGCGCAAAAAUAAAAAAAGAAAGCAAGAAAGAAGAAAACGAAAAAUUAACUCAAGCACGAAUCACAUUUGCUUGUUCAGUGUUGCUUGGUUCGACAUGGCUGUUCGCAGUGCUUGCUGUUGGUGACUUGCGGGAUUUCUUUCAGUGGCUGUUCUGUAUUUUCAACUCCCUACAAGGCUUGUUUAUAUUUAUAUUUUAUUGUUUCCGGAAUAAUGAGGUGAAAAGACAUUGGAGAAGAUUUUUAGGGGGUCAAGGAUUGGGUGAGCAAUCAACGUGGAAUAAAAGUAAAUACAACAGCAGAUACACUUCAGUUUGUUGUGGAAGAGAAACAGACAUAAGCAUGGACACGACAGGUACCAAAAAAAAUGACAAACUAACAACUAACAAACAAUUAUUGAAAUCUAAUGAACAACUAAAAAAACAUUCAAAGUUUUUCACGCCCAUAUUCGCCAUUUUUUGCGACCUAAAGUCAUAUAAUGUUAGACAUUUUAAGAUAAGUUUUAACUGGUGGAAGUAGAGAGGAACUCUUGGAUCGACAACUUUUUCUUGCAAAGAUCAUUUUCAUUCUAUUCGCAUUGAAGGGAAUUAGGAAUUUCGAAAAAUUCCUUAUCACGUAACGCCUCCCACCAUUAUUAAUUUGCAUUUUUUUAGGAAUUCGUAACAAAAAUGACCAUAGUCACAACUGGAUGGUUUUAGAGAACACUAAUUAACCACUAAAUACAUCGCUCGUGAAUCACUAAUCAACUACUAAUGCACUACUACUAAAUCAACAAUGAACCCAAAUAACCAAGUAAUGAAACAGUAAUGUACCACUUGUAACCCCUACUCAUCUAACAAUCAAGCACUAAGCAACCACUAUUUAACCACUAUGCUAAACAACCGCUAAUACCAA